AUGUCCGCUCCCGCCUCCCCCCUCUUCGCGCUGCAGCAGCACUUUGACUUCCAGCUGUCGCUGCUGCACGAGCAGCCGCCGCUGCCGGGGCUGGCAGACCUGCUCAGCAUGUCGCCGCCGGCGCGGUGCCAAUCGGCGCCCCUGGAGCAUGAGGCCCCCACGCUGCCCCUGCUGCCCGGCAGCACCAGCACACACCUGACCGCCCACCAGCAGGCGAUGGCGAUGGCGCUGGGCGGCGAGGCCCCCGAGCAGCCCUCCCCCUCCCUUCUGGGCCUGCCGCCCGAGCAACAGCAGCAGCUGCGCGCGCAGCAGGCGCAGCAGGCGGCGCUGCUGCAGCAGCAGCGCGCGGAGCAGCAGCGCUGGUGCGCGGCCGCCGAGCGCCUGCUGCUGCAGUCGCGGGCGUCCGACGAGGCGGAGGGAGAUGCCCUGGGCAGCCUCAUCCUCAGCCUGCAGUCUGAGAUUGAAGACAUGGAGUCGCAUCAGGGGCGGCAGGAGCGGCUGGAGCGUCGGCGGCGGCAGGAGGGCCUGCAGCGCCAGCAGGCGCAGCUGCAGCGGCAGCAGGAGCUGCGCCAGCGGCAGCAGGAGGAUUGGGAGCGGGGCCAGCAGGCGCAGCACGCAGAGUGGGAGGCCGCGCAGCGCCACGACCGAGCCGAGUGGGAGGCGAGGCGCGCGGCCGAGCAGCGGCAGUGGGAGGCGCGGCGGCAGCGGGAGCAGGCAGCAUGGGAGGCGCAGCGGCGGCGGGAGGAGGAGGAGUGGGAGGCGGCGCAGCGCGCGGGCAUGCUCCCGCUGGCGCAGCGGCUGGGGGGGCAGGAUGACGCCUCGCUGGCGGCGAUGGACGGCCGGGGGGCGGUGCGGGGCCCGCGCCUGUCUGCCCCAGGCUGCCUGCAGCGCCCCGCGCCGCUCCAGGGCCUCGACCCCGACUGGUGGCGCCCCGCUGGCGCCUCUGCAGCACAGCAGCCCGCGGCGCUGCCUACGGCCAAGUCGCGCCCUCCGGCCGCUUUCCAAUUCGAGCGCAGCCUGACCAGCACCAACCAGGGCAGCCAGCGCGGCAGCCGCGCCGCCGCCGCAGCCGCCGGCCCGGCACCGCGCGUGCCCCCCGAGCAGCAGCAGCGGCAGCAGCGCGCCGCCGCCGCGGCCGCGGGCGAGGCGCUGGCGGGCGGCGCGCCCUCCCGCAAGCGCCGCUCCUUGGAUGUGCCUGCUCUCUUCGAGGUUCAGGUGCAGCCUCACCACCGCCCGCCGCUGCACGCCCACGACUGGGACUGCCAGACGCAGCAGCGGCUGGCCCAGCAGCAGCUGGGGCAGCAGCAGGGGCAGGGGCAGGUGCAGGGGCAGGUGCAGGCGCAGGGGCGCAGCCACUCGCGCGGAGUGCGCUCGGACCUGAGCGGCUCCAGCUAG